AGACAUCUCGAUCGAUGACAACACGCUACCACGACGACGGUCUCAUAAAAGUAACCAAGCGCCGCUGAUGCCGCAGACAACCAAACAAGGAAUCAGCAGUAUCCAAAUCCACCCUUCCUAAUACCGUAGUGUUCAGCAACCAUGGGACGUCGUGCGAAGAAGGCCCCAGUACAAACCAAGAAACGCGCUACUUUGGCCAAGCAAUUCAAAUGUCCCUUUUGCGCCAACGAAGAAGUGGUGGAAUGCAAGAUGGAUUUCAAGGCAUCCGUGGGGAGUCUGAACUGUCGCUUGUGCGCUGCUUCCUAUCAGAUGCCGAUUCAUCACUUGCAUGAACCCAUUGACGUCUUUUCGGAGUGGCUUGACGAUUGUGAAGCCGCGGCCAAUGGUCAAAGAACGGGAGAGGCGCCUCCUGCCGAAGCACCACGGUUCAAUGACGAAGGGGAUGAAGACGAUGAUGUCCCAGAAGCUGUUGAAUUUAACGGCCGCAACAAUAAGAAACGGCCCGCACAAGAUACGGGCGCCAGGAAAAAGCAAAAGACGGGCAAAGCAGCGACAAUUACCGAUCUUGGGCUGGAUGAUUCCGAUUCGGAUGAUGAGGAUUAGUGUGCGUGUUCUUAAUAGUACUUGAUAUGCAACAAUAUGCUUAAUAAUGUUGGGUUGUGGAUGAUUGGAGUCAAUUUGAUUUCAAGCUAUAUGCUCUGGGGGCUGUGGCAAGAGAAUUUUGUUGUUGUUAAGCUUCUAAUUGUCGAUGAUUAUC